AUGAUGUUGGGAGCUUUCAAAAGACCCGUUUUGAGACUGUUUGGUGAGGCCACUCAGAUCCGGCUGUAUCAAGUGUCGUCAACUCGGUUCAACGAAGUAGCCAACACAAAAGUGGAAAAUGAUGUCGCGCCCAUUGUGGAAGAAAAUUCACAUCCCGUUGCUAAACGACUGAUGGACUUUUUCGAUGCACCCGAAAAUUGGAGCAAGGAUGCCGUAAAGUCUGGUCGAAGCUGGAGAAUUGAUGAGCUUCGAAUCAAGAGCAACAAGGACCUGCACUGCCUGUGGUAUGUCCUCUACAAGGAGCGCAACAUGCUGAAGACAAUGGAAGAGGCGUCUAAAGAGGCGACGCAAAAUAUGCCUAGUCCGGAGCGAAUUGACAAGGUGGAAGAGAGCAUGAAGUACAUUGAGGAAGUAAUCCAAGAGAGAAAUCGCGCCUACUGGGACCUGGAAGUCGGCGACAGUCAGUUUGUCAGCCGAAGGAAGGCCUUCCGUCGAGACAUUUUCGGACGUUGGCGCUGGAUUGCUUGCUCUGAGCACCUGAUUCCCUACUGGAUGAACACUGAAUGGCGUAAAAUGAACGCCCCUGGAUUCGGCAAAGAUGUCGAAGAGUUUAACAAAAAGUUACGCGAGAAGCAGCUAAACAAGACUGUUUCGUUGACUUUCAGAAAGGAAUUCCACGUUCGUCAACUGCUCAAGCGUUUUGAAAACAUUGAUAUGGAGUACCUGCAGGAGCUGUAUCCUGAGGUGAACGUCCAGUCAAUCAAGGAGAACCUCAAUGAGAUCACCAAGGAAAGCCGACAGCAGCGAUUUGAUGCAAUAUUCUACCAGAAGCGGAAGUUGCUGUAA